AUGACGGACAACGCUUUGGAGCGUGAGCUUCGGCGCGUGGAGCGGGAGCGCGGGGUGGAGGUGCGCUUCGUGCACCCGGCGCCGGGCUACGUGCUGCGGACCAGCCAGGGGGGCGCCCAGCGCUGCUACCUCAACGUCUGCAGCAACCCGCUGCUGGGCCGGCCCCAGGCCCGCCAAGAGCCCCGCGGCCACCGCUGGGCCCUGCCCUACAGCCUGGCCCCCGGCCGCGAGGAGCUGGGCCGCGCCGGCCGCCGGCGCCUGGUCUACGACGUGGUCUUCCACCCGGAGACGCUGCGCCUGGCCGCCCGCAGCGCCCGCUUCAGGCGCAUGGUGAGCGACACGGCGCUGGAGGCGGUGCAGAGCCGCUUCGGGGUGCAGCUGGACCGGGCCAACGCCGUCCCGCUGCGGGGCACCGCCUACAAGGGGGUCCCGCAGGCCUCAGUCAUCCGCACUCCGCUGCCAGGGGACGCCCCGCCGCGGGCCGAGGAGCCCGACUCCCCGCUGCCCCCGUUCCCUUCCCCCUACUCCUACCCCGCCAGCAGCGCCCAGCAGCAGCCGUCGGCCCCCGCCGCGCCGCCCGGCCCCCAGCGGGGUGAGGGGGCUCGGCCGCCGUCCCCCACCACGCCCCGCUGGAGCCUGCGGCACCGCUCGUACGUGGACCUGCAGGACUAUCGCUGCUGCCGGGACUCGGCGCCCAGCCCGGUGCCCCGGGAGCUGGUGGUGACCAUCGAGCUGCCGCUGCUGAGCUCCGCCGGCCAGGCCGCCUUGGAGAUCCGGGGGCGGGAGCUGCGCCUGGACUCGCAGCGGCCCGCCUACCGCCUCCGCCUCCGCCUGCCCUACGCGGUGGACGAGAACCGCGGCCAGGCCACCUUCAACAAGGCCAAGCGGCAGCUGCUGGUCACGCUGCCCGUCCUGCCUCCGCCCGGCCCGAGCCUCGCGGCCCCCGCAGAGCCCAGCGGAACGAGCCCGGAGGAGCCAGAGGCCGGCCUUGCUACGGGCCAGGAGCAGCGGGAAGAGGCAGGCCCGGCAGCCGGAGAGGAGGAGCUCGGGCUGCCUCCAACUGAGCAAGCGUGCGCGCCAGGCGGUAGCGGCCGGGCCCCCAGCAGCCUGACUCCUCCCGGGAGGCCGGUGUGCCCCGGCAGCAUGGAUCUUACCUCGUGCACCGCCACCAGCAGCGAGGCGGGUCCUCCCCUGGCACCCAGUAACGGCACAGAUCUUCCCACCUGUCCCAGCAACAGCCUGUGCCCUGCAGUGCCCACCAAGUGCCUUAGCCGCAGCGGCUUCCCAGACCUUCCUGCGGCCCCCAGCAUCUUGGCUCCUCCGGUUUGUCCCCGCUUCCAGUGCAGCCAAGACGAAGAAUCUCUGACCCUGCUCUUGCAGGUGCCAAACAUCCAGCCAGACAGUUUGAAGGGGGAAGUCGGCACAAAUCACUAUAGAGUCGGUUUCUGUUCCAAGGACGCUGCUUCCUACUCCUUCCUCUUACAGUUUCCUCUUGAAAACAAGCUGACCCCCCCAGAGACUGGUAUUAAUGUCUCCCCCAACAACGCUGUAAUAGGACUAGCCAAAUCUCCUGAGAGUGCUGGACUUUGGGGGAAGAUGUACUUCGGUGUGAACAGCAACACUCUGCAGGAAAGGUUGUUUGUCAAUGACGAAAAUGUUGAUGAAUUUCUGGGCAAUGUCUUGUGCCCUUCAUUCCUCAAACAGACAACACUGGAAAGCCAACCAUUAAUUGAAGUACUUGAUGUUACUGAGGUCAAAAGUCAAAUCAGAUUAAAGUUACAGGAGGUUAAACAGUGUGAACUUGGUGAAAAAGAACAAACAGUUAAUUCAGGAAGAGAUCAAGUUGAAAAAGAGAAUAGAAACAGCUUCAGAACAAAUACAGAAGCCAACCAUAUUGCAGCUGACACAGCUGGAGAACAUGAUAUGGAAACUGACAUGACUUCUGGAUCUUUUACAACUGAUAAAACAAUAGGAGUAGUAGAUUGUAGUUCAGGCCAUUAUUUGCAGCUUGAACCUAUUGACACUAGUUUAGCAAUUUCUGGGAAAUCUCAGAUAAAUGAACCACAAUUAGAAUUUGCUUUCACAACAGGCAAAAGUGCCACGUCCUCAGACUGUGAAAAGCAAGAAUUACUUCAUUUGGAAGAGCAGGCAAAAAUAAGAGAGGAUGAAGAGGUCAUGUCUUCAGAGCCAGCAGAAGAGAACAAACAUCAUUUGAACUGUAGACCAGUUUCUCCAGUUGUAAAGGAAAUUAAUAUGCAAGAUGGAAGUGUGCAAAUUGUUAGAGAUCACACAAUGCACUGUGCAUUAAUUUUUCAAAAUUCUUUGUUGUAUGAAUUGGAUUAAGUUAUGUCAGGAUUUUAACUAUAAUGGUCGGUUUAUCAUCUGCAGUUUAGGCUUCUGGUUUUUUGGCAUUUAAAUCAUUGCAUAGAAACCAGGAAUCUGAACCUGAGUCUGACAGCUUCUGUAAGAGGAACCGAUUUGUUUUGUUUACAAGUCAACUUUUGUUAAUUUUGAUUUUUUACAAGUUUUAAACUUUCUUUAAAAUAAAAGUAUUUUCAAAAGAAAUGUUAAAUUGAGUAGAAAUUAAAACAUAUAAACUGCACCAGUGGAUUACUGUCCCUUCAAGAACUUGGACUUGGAUCUUGAUUAGUUGGGUAAUCUCUCUAAUGUAUUAAGUUUUUUUAUGUUUGUGUAUGUAUUUGUUUUUGUAAUGCUUCUCUCCAGAUCUGGUAUCUUUGUUCAACCUAAUGACAAGCAAUACCCAUCAUUUGAAGUAAAUAUUUGCCAGUACUCAUUUUGUGGAUUGUAAGGUUAGACUGCUAGUGAUUUUUGGCAAAUAGAAUUUUUCAUUCCAGGGAGAAGCCCACUUUUUAAUUAGUCUCCUUAAAAUAAAUGUUUAUACUGCUAUCUUCUCCUCCUACUUUCCUUCAGAUACACAGUCUCCAAAUACACCAAUGCAACCAUGUUUAACUAAUUUGUUUCUUUGUUAUCCAGUGUAUUAAAACCUGCAUUUUCCAACAUCUCUGCAUUUAUUCAUGUCUUCUAGUAUGAGUCAAUUUGUCUAAAUUAUUCCUACCACUCAAAAUAAAUUUCUGGGGUUUAAAUAUGCUGCCUGUUGGGAUUGCAUGGCAGUGGAAGAGCAACAAUAAGCAAGCAGACUUCUAAGCUUUGAUAUUAAACUUUCAGAUCCCUUUUCUGUCACUUUCCAAAAAACAACAAAAACCAGUUCCUUUACAAACUGUUGUACAUGCUGAAGAAAAUGUACUUCUGAACAAACUUAGGUUAAAUUUGAUUUACAGUUCAAAUCUCCCAUAAAAGUAGGUUGCUUACAUAGCUGUGCCAACCGGAAGUACUGAAUUUUAUUGCUUAUGACAACUCUAAAAUGUAUCUACCGUACUGUGUUGGUUCCAGGAUAUUAGAGACACAACGUGGAUAAGGUAAUAACUUUUACUGGACCAACUUCC